CCAGCCCUCCCCCCCCCCCCCCCUCUCAAAGCAGCCGGGAUUAGGGUUAGGGUUAGGGUUAGGCUUUUGCUUUUUCUAGCGGUCUGUGACGGAAGAGAAGAGAUCGAUCCAUCCCUCGAUCGGCCGAUAGAUAGGUAAUAGGGGGAGGAGGGAAGAAAGGAGGGAGAGGAGGAGAAAAAGGCCUCAGCAGAAGCAGAGAUGACGGGGAAAGCGAAGCCGAAGAAGCACACGGCGAAGGAGAUCGCGGCGAAGGUCGACGCUGCGACGACGAACCGCGGGGGCGGGAAGGCCGGGAUGGCGGACCGGACGGGGCUGGAGAAGGGGGGGCACGCCAAGCUGGAGUGCCCCUACUGCAAGAUCACCGCCCCGGACAUCAAAUCCAUGCAGAUCCACCACGAGGCCCGCCACCCCAAGCUACCCUUCGACGAGUCCAAGCUCAACAACCUCCACUCUACCCACGGCGCCGAAUCCUCCAAGCCCCGUCCCGGCGUCCGUGGCUCUAAAAAGAAGUGAUCGAGUCGGCAUUUCAUCGAGCACCUGGUCACCAGCAGGUAUACUAUACUAUACUCUCGCGUCGCGCUCCUCUGUUGCCUUGCUUUGGUGCUGGUGGUUCUCGCUUCUAUGGCCGGCGGGCUGUUGGUGACAUGCUAUUAUCAUGAUGAUGUCUAUGGUACUAGAUCUGAGAAAAGGACGAUCUUUUUUCUUUUUUUUUCCUCCUGUGAUCCUCUCUGUGGUACUUUUACCUUAGAACGUAGGCACCUGCAGGUACUCUUAUGGUUGCUGGAGACUUUUGUGAAUAAUAAAUUUGUAGUAGCUGGAUGCGUGGUGACUAAAUUUGUGUUAUUAUUACUUCUUGUUCUGAUUUUUUGA